AUGGAUCCGACACUCAAGCUGCUCACGCUGAUCAACGUCAGCGCUGCCAAGCCAGGCAAGCGACAGCGAUCUUCCAACCUCACGCACUACGACAAGAUCACUCGCAAAGCGGUAGCUGCACAGCAAGCUACUGCGUCCACCUCCAAGGCCGCCCUCUCCUCGACACCUUCGCCUUCGAAACGAGCCAAGAAUGGCGCAGCUCCCGUCGCAUCUACUACCAUCUCGCAGAACGGUCUCGAGCUUGUGGGCGAGGUCUCGGACGAUGACGAAGAGGACUUUGACGCAGCCUCCUCCUCAGCUCCGAAGAAGCAGCAGAAGAAGAGCCAGAUCACCGCGUUCGAUGCUCACUUUGGCAGUGACGGUCCACAUGCGCAAGCUAUCGCCAAACUCCCCGAAUCUACCACCUCGCUCACUUGGUCGACUUCGCGGUCCACCCUGCCCUCCUUCUCCACGCAGCUCAUUGUUUCGAGCCCUUCUCUUCCCGAAUUCGAUUCACAGCAGUACUCCGGUCAACCGCAAGUGAAAGUGCUCGAUGCAUUCAACGCCUUCACCGCCAAACACUUCUCUUCACCGACACCACUCCACAAAGCGCUCGCCACGACGCUUGGCAGCUACGCUGACUUCUGCGAUGCCAAUGUUGCCCUCCGUGACCGCGCGCAGUACCGCCAAGUGCUCGCCAUGCACGCCAUGUCGCACGUCGCCAAAACACGUCGUCGAGUCCUCAAGAAUAACGAGAAGCUCGCCAAGCUCGCCGCUAGCGGCGCAUCCGACGCUGACACUGACCUCGAUCUGCGCGACCAAGGCUUCACGCGACCCAAAGUGCUCGUCCUCCUACCCUUCCGCAACUCCGCGCUUGAAUGGGUCGAUCUGCUCACCAAGUUCAGUCUCUGUUCGCAGGUGGACAACAAGUCGCGCUUUGCCAAGGAGUACAACCUUCCCGAAGGGGCGAUUGACAAGCUCGCUGAUGCCUCGGUGGCAGCCAAGUAUCCCGAGGAUCACAUCGCCAACUUUGCCGGAAACAUCGACGACUCGUUCAAGCUCGGGCUCAAGGUCACACGAAAGAGUCUCAAGCUGUUCAGUGGAUUCUACGACUCGGAUGUCAUCGUUGCUUCUCCGCUCGGGUUGCGAUUGGGAAUGGAGAAGGAUAAGGGCGACAGCGAUUUCCUGAGCAGCAUCGAGAUGGUGAUCGUCGACCAGACCGAUGUGAUCAGCAUGCAGAACUGGGAGCAUCUCGAGUACGUCUUCGACAAACUCAACCACAUCCCACGUCAGAGUCGAGACACCGACUUCUCCCGCGUGAAGCAGUUCUACCUGGACAAUCGCGCGGGGAUGUUUCGGCAAACGAUCAUGCUCUCCGCGCACGAUUUCCCCGCCUUGCGCUCCGUGUACAACCACACGCUGCAGAACGUUGCGGGCAAGAUCCGAACCGUCGCCCCCACGCCCGAGAGCGAGGCGGAGAUGUCCAAGGUCGUCUCUGGUGUCCGUCAGACGUUUACACGAUUCGAAGCGGCCAACCCGCACUCCGAGCCCGACCUCCGCUUCGCCCACUUCACGACCAAGACCUUGGCGCAGCUGAGCAAGUCGGCCGUCAGCAGCAGUCACACGCUCAUCCUCGUCCCCAGCUACUUUGACUUUGUGCGCCUCGACGCGUUCCUCCGGGAGCACAACGAGAAGCGCAAACCCGGCGAGACGGCCAACCUCUCCUACACGAGCAUCUCGGAAUACUCGACACCCAAGGACAUUCGAAGGGCGAGAGAGGCCUUUGCCAGUGGGAAAAAGAGGUUCCUCCUGCUGACCGAGAGAGCGCAUUUCUACCGAAGAUUCAAGAUCAGGGGCACGAAGACGGUCGUAUUCUAUCAGGUUCCCCAGAACGCGAGGUAUUUCUCGGAGGUGUUGGAGUUCCCGUUUUUGAAUAAGGAUUGGGGAGAGGAGGAGGAGGUGGAUGCGAACGAGGUUGCGAGCUAUGUGGUGUAUAGCAAGUACGAUCUGAUCGGUCUGGAGAAGGUGGUGGGCACGGAGCAGGCAAAGGCUAUGGUGGCGGGCGAUAAGGCGACGUGGAAGUUUGUAUGA